UUUUUUUUUAGUGUGAUUCUUUAUAAAAAUGAAAAAAAAGAGAGUUUUGUAAAAUGAUUCUCUUUCUUUCUUUUUCAUAAAAAAAAAAAAAAAAAAACUUUUUUAUACUAUUCACCAUGGCAACCAAACGAUACGAAUUUCAACCUCCUACAAACAUCGUUGCUAUUCGUUCUUCUAUUUUACAACGCCUCAAGAAACGUACUAGUGUAAUCACUCCUCCCACGCCCCCUCCUCAAGCAAACGAAUAUGAAGAAAAGUUAUCCUUUCUCCAUCUCGAUAAUGGUCUCCCUUCUCCUCCCAUUGAGACCUGCUGUUUUGAAGAAGAAGAAGAGGCAACAGCAACCGCAACCGCCGACAUGGUUGUCAAUGUUCUCAUGGAAUUAAGCGCUCCAUCUAGUUCUUCCUCCCCCUCUCUGUCGUCGUUUGCCGCCCCCGCCCCCACCAAUAACACUACAACUCCUGUAGCUAGCACGGAUAAGCAGACGAGUGCUCCAGUAGUGGUGGAGUCUUCUGCUGUUAUUCGUGAGAGAAUUCGACUUUUAAAAGAAGAAAAGCAUAAAUUAUUUCAAGUGAUGAAAGAUUUGUUAUCCACUCCUCCUAUCAAGGAGGAAGAGACAGAGCAAGAGAAAGCAAGGCAACAACCAAGCCCUGUAAGCGCAAACGUAAAUGUGAACGCAAGGCCUGUUAUAAGAUCACGUAGUAUUAGUCAUAGUGAGAGUACUAGACCGAUAUCUCGGUAUUACGAUCGACCAAGGUUCUACAACAAUAAUGGCUACUACCCAUAUCAGCCCUCCUCUUCUGCUACAGUAAGUUAUAAUGAUAAAGAAAAAAGAAAAAAAAAAAACUAAAAAAAAAAUGUUUUCUUCUUAGUCUCGUCGUGUAAUCAACAAUAAUAACUCCUCAUAUGUAUCAUCACGACCACAGCUUGCAGUUAGAUCCUCCUCAUCUUCCUCCUCCUCAUCUUCUUUUCGUCCUGACAGAUAUUAAAAAAAUUCAUAUACACUUUUUAUACAUACAACAAACUUAUUCUACAUAUUUUCUCAUCCCCCUCCCUUCUCCUCUUUUACACACACACACACACAUUUUUGCACAUAUAAAAAAAAAGAAAAAAGAAAAAGAAAGAAAAAAAAAAACUUGUUUAUUGGAAAAACAUAUUUAUAUUUAUUAGUACUCCUUUUUUUUGUUUGGUUCUCUCUUCUAAACAACCCCCUUUACCCCCUUCUCUUUCUAUUUUGUUUUCUCUCCUCUCUUCAUAUACCAAUUUUUGGAUGAUUACACAGAUUAAAAAAAAAUC